GAGCAGGCUUCCACGAUGCCCAUCCCUGUCUCUUUGUCCAACCAUCCUCCUCCUUGCCUGCUGCUGACUCUACUGCUGGGACUCACAGAUAAGAAAACUGAGCAAGGAGAAGUUCAAGGUCACUCAGUGGUACAUGGCAGAGGAGUGGCAGGUGAGGACGAGCUGCAGGUGAUUCAGCCUGACAGGUCAGUUUCAGUUGCAGCAGGAGAGACGGCCACUCUGCGCUGCGACGUGACCUCCCUGCUCCCCGUGGGGCGCACUAACUGGUUCAGGGGCACAGGGCCAGGCCGGGAGUUAAUCUACAGUCUCAGAGGAGGCCCCUUCCCUCGAGUAACAACUGUUGCAGAUACUACAAGGAGAAACAACAUGGACUUUUCCAUCCGCAUCAGUAACAUCACGCCAGCAGACACCGGUAUGUACUACUGUGUGAAGUUCAAGAAAGCAAGCCCUGACGUGGAGGUUAAGUCUGGACCAGGCACUCAUCUCACUGUGAGUGCCAAACCCUCUCCUCCUGUGGUAUCAGGCCCCGCAGUGAGGGUCGCACCUGAGCAGACAGUGAGCUUCACCUGCAAAUCCCACGGGUUCUCCCCCAGAAACAUCUCCCUGAAAUGGCUCAAAAAUGGCAAUGAGCUCUCAGCCUCCCAGACCGACGUGGAACCAGAGGGAAACAACGUUUCCUACAGCAUCUCCAGCACAACCAAGGUGGUGCUGGCCCCGGGGGAUGUUCAUUCCCAGGUCAUCUGCGAGGUGACCCACAUCACCCUGCAGGGAGACCCUCCUCUUCGUGGGACAGCCAACUUGUCUGAGACCAUCCGAGUUCCGCCUACCUUGACGAUUACCCAACACCCCAGGGUGGGGAACCAGGUGAAUGUCACCUGCCAGGUGAACAAGUUCUACCCCCAGCGCCUACAGCUGACCUGGUUGGAGAACGGAAAUGUGUCCCGAAUGGACAUGGCCUCGACCCUCAUAGAGAACAAGGACGGAACCUUUAACCGGACGAGCUCGCUCCUGGUGAACUCAUCUGCCCACAGGGAGGCUGUGCUGCUCACCUGCCAGGUGGAGCAUGACGGACAGCCGGCGGUCACCAAAAACCACACCCUGGAGGCCUCUGCUCCCCAGAAGAACCAGGAUGCAGAUCAACGUAUUGGCCCAGAGCUGUCUUCUCCUCUCCUGGUAGUUCUCCUCCUAGGCCCGAAGGUGCUGCUGGUGGUCAGUGUCUCUGUCAUCUUUGUCCACAGGAAGCAUUGGGCCUGACUCUCCUUCCUUCCUCCCUGCUGGUGUCACCCUCAGUGUCUGCUGCCUCCUUCCCUUCCUGAGGGGCCCAGCCCAGGAGAAGGACUCAACUGGGAGCUUCCAUGACUCUGCUCCAAAUGCCUCCCCUCCAUGGAGACUUGCCUGCCCACAGGCUCCUGAAGCCACCAGAGCUGGGUCUUCAUACAUGGUCCUGAGCAAGGAUCAUGGGAAGUAGCUCUGGGUGCUGACUCAGGACAUUUCCCUGGAACGUGAGAAAUAAGUCAAAUCAACACAGAUCAGGUUAUCUCUCAUCUAUCACCUUGGACUCGGCCAUGAACUACACAAUAAUGCCCUGUGCUGAGGAGUUAUUCUGUCCUCUGGAUUCCUGCCUUCACCUGACUCCCCACCCUUUGAGGUGCCUCUUUAGUACAAAUGACUCCCCAUCUUACUUUUAAGAAAAAUUAUUCUCCUUCCUCGUUGUCUAAAUAUCCAACUUCUCAAACCCAGAAAAUAGUGUUCCCUCCUCUCUCCAUGAUGGGAAGAGUAGUUUUUCUAUAAUCUUGCAUCCUUCCCAACCCUAUUGCUCAUGGUAAGUAUACUGUGUCCAGAAGCCUGGAGUCAUCCUUGAUUUCUCUUUCUUUUAUAUCACGUAUUCAAUUCUGCCUUCAAAAUGUUUAUGUCCAGUGGUCAGAUGGAACUCUUUAACAAUUGACUAUCCAAAAGGAAAAAGAAAUAAAGAAAAGUUCUUGGUAUAAAUACUCCCAAUGUGGUCAAUUUCAAGUUAGCAACAGUUUAACAACUAGUUUGCAAAAUUCCUGAAAAUGUAAAUAUCAGCUCUCAUGAGCCAGUACCAAUCCCCUCCAGCACACUUCUUAAUUGCAUCCAUAAUCUGCACAUUCUCACCCCCACCACUGCUCCCUGGUCCCAGCCACCAUCAUCUCUUCCUGCACCAUUGCUAUAGUCUCUGACUGGCUCUCCUGUUUCAGCCUCAGUGAUUCCUUGGGAAUGUAAGUCAAAUCCUAUCAUUCCUCUGCUUCCUCCUCCAACAUGUCUGCCUGGCUCACUCUCUUCCCUCAUUCCAGCCUCUGCUCAAAUAUCACUUUAUCAAAGGCAUCUUCCAUAUACCAUCCUGUAUAAAGUAUCAGUUCCUCUCUCAGCCUCGCAUUCCAUGACCUCUUAACCUGAUUAACUUGUUUCCUGAACACUUAUUACCAUCUGACAUACAAAGCAUAGGCAGUUCUCACUUUGCAUAGUAGAGAAGGACCAUAAAAGUUACCGUGUAAACUGAAUCAUGGAAAGUGAUCUCAGUAAUCAAUGGGAUAAAUAAAGAUUGUUCUGUGAUCAUUAAAAUUUGAUUUCAAAAUAUUAGGAACUCUCUUACUGUCAGCUACUAAUAAUAUGUAGUUUGACAAAUUAGAAACACUGAGAAUUAAAGCAAUUUAUUUCUUUAUAAAAACUUAUCCAAAGUGUUUGAACAGUGCUUGCCUUCUUCUUCUUGCAUAAUUUAUAAUAUAAGAGCAUCUUUUUUACAACUUGCUGAAUUAUGCUCCUUGCGAAGUUUGGAUCCGUUUCCGACAUUUUAUGCCUUGUACUCUCAAUGUUGUGAAAUCUUUACAAACUUUCUUUAAUUCAAAGUAUUUGCUGUUGUCACUUCCUCUGGGACAUUUUCACUCUUUUCCUCACCACGACUUUCCUCAUUUAUGUGGUAAGUUUGCCUUUACUAAGUUCUUCUGAUUGCAUAUCUAGAAUCUUUCUAACACUAUUAAGGUACCUUGGUCAGCUAUUUCUUCUGUAAUCCAUUUAUAUUGUUUGAAUAUAACUUCUCGCAUCAUCAUAUUUUGUCUCUCCAUGGCACUUUCAUCUUUGUUGCCAGUUCCCUUUUAUAAUUAUUCACUUUUGUAAAUGUCAUGUGGGUUUAUCACUGGGAGACAGGAGAAAAUACAACUACGUAUUUUGCUGUCUGUGCCUAAACUGUGUAAGAGAGUCACAGUGACCAAUCACUAUAGACUUUCAAAGAAUUGAUGUGAUUGGUUACUGAUCACGAUGAGCAUCUGUUAGUACAUAAUGAUUUGUGGAAUGAAGUAUACUUAGCAGCAAAGUUGUACGUUAUGUAUCGUUCACAGUAAAGUUCCUGUGGUGACUGAAAUCUGAACCCUGUGUUGGGGGAUUGAUGUUAUUUAACUAAACUGAAAUUCAUGCACCAGGCAAAAUGAACACUGAUGUAUGUGUUGUCUCUUCCUCAAACAGGACAUCAGUUCUAUGAGAAGGGACUCUGAAUCCUCAGGUGCCAGAACAGUGACUGCCACAUACUAGGCCAUUGUUUAAUUUAAUAAAUGAAUGAAUUAGUUUUUACCAGAUGUUGGAUUUCAAAAUAAAAAUUAUCUAAUUCCAUCCUCUG